AUGGCGACGAUCUCUGAUCUUUCAUGUGAUCUGGUAGAAGAGAUACUCUCAAGGGUUCCUAUAACAUGUCUAGGAGCGGUGAGAUCAACUUGCAAAAGAUGGAACACUUUAUCCAAAUCUCGGCUUUUAUGCAAAGCAGAAUCAAAGCAGCAGUUUGUAAGAUUCAUGACAAAGAAUUCAAAGCUGUGUUCAUUGAGAUUCAAUCUCCAUAAAGAAGGAUUCUCUGUGAAGGAGAUAAGUGAUUCAUUUGGGAUAUCUAAAGUUCUUGUCUGCGACGGCUUGUUGUUAUGCGUCACUGUCACAAGAGACGAGAAGGACGAAAUUAUCCAACAACGCCUCAUGGUGUGGAACCCGUAUUUGGGACAAACAAGGUGGAUACAACCAGCAAGAACAGCUUACCACUGCGAAUCAGACAUAUAUGCGCUCGGAUACGACAACAACCGUUGUAACCACAAAAUCUUGAGGCAUUCUAAGAAAGAAUGCGAAAUCUACGAUUUUAAAUCUGAUUCAUGGAGGAUAUACUUCUUUCAUCAUGAUCUUCUUCUUUAG